AUCAGGAGUGGCAACCUUCCACACACUUGAAGUUACGACCAAGAAAUCUUGUGACUAUUUUUAAUUAAAAUUGCUUAUUUUCUGAGUUACCUUGAAGUUUGAUCUUCAAGCAGAUUAAUCGACACUUUUUUAAUCGUCUUAAUAUAUAAAUUACACACCACUUUGACCGAUUCCAUCAGGUUGCAUUAAAUGCAGAAAGGCAACUCGCAGCCAUUUUCAUUCCGUACCUCGUGCAUUUAGAGGUUUCCAAGAUGGCGAAGAAAACGGUAGCGGAUAAAACACCUCAAAACGAAGAUAAUAUUAAAAAUAACGACGAUAUACUAAACGAUGAUGAAGAACCGAAUUUCAGUGAUCCUGAGGGAUUUGUGGAUGAUAUCACCGAUGAAGAACUUCUUGGUGAUAUUUUGAAGCAAAAACCAUCAGAAACAGAUGGUGUAGAAUCGGUGAUUGUUAUCGAUGGAGUGCCCCAGGUUGAACCCGAAAGAUUGGAGAAACUUCAAUCUGUGAUCAGCAAAGUUUUAGGAAAGUUUGGCACAAUUGUAAAUCAAUACUAUCCUAAAAAUGAAAAUGGAUAUACUAAAGGGUAUAUAUUCCUAGAAUACAAUAACCCUGUUAAUGCUUUAGCAGCUGCUCAAUCUGUAAAUAAUUACAAAAUUGACAAACAGCACACUUUCAAAGUGAAUUUAUUUACUGAUUUCAAGAAGUUCGAAGAAAUCCCAGACGAAUGGGAGCCUCCAAAACCACAAGAAUUUAAAGCUGCAGCAGAUUUACACUAUUAUCUUUUAGAACCAGAUGCUUAUGAUCAGUAUUGUGUACUUUGUGGUAAUGGUUCUUCUGUUACUGUUCAGGUUUGGCAGAAUUCUGCCCCUGAACCAUCAUUGCUCGAAGAACGUGCUCGUUGGACGGAGACGUAUGUUAAGUGGUCUCCAUUGGGCACGUAUCUGGCAACAUUUCAUAAAUUGGGUGUUGCAUUAUGGGGUGGUCCUCAGUUUGUACAGCAAGCUAGAUUCAGUCAAAAGGGUGUCGAAUGUAUUGAUUUUUCACCUUGCGAGCGUUAUCUAGUAACGUACACUCCUCGAACUGACCUUGGUUCUGAUCAGAAACGUCUUGUAAUUUGGGAUAUUCUUACCGGUCAAGAGAAACGUUCCUUCUAUGCGGACGGCUCAUCGGUGUGGCCCAUCUUCCGCUGGUCGCACGAUGAUAAAUAUCUUGCUCGUAUGGGAGAAGAUAUUCUGAGCGUUUAUGAAACACCUUCAUUUGGAUUAUUGGAUAAAAAAAGUAUAAAAAUUCCUGGAAUCAGAGAUUUCAGUUGGUCUCCCACUGAUAACAUUCUCGCAUUCUGGGUACCAGAAGAUAAGGAUGUUCCAGCUAGAGUUACCCUUCUUGAGAUUCCAAAUCGAAACGAAACACGUAACAAAAAUUUGUUUAACGUAGCUGACUGUAAAAUUUAUUGGCAAAAGUCGGGAGAUUAUCUUUGCGUGAAAGUCGAUCGUUUCGCCAAACGUAAGGAAAAAACAGAACAAAAGUAUACGGGAAUGUCGUACAACUUUGAAAUCUUUCAUAUGAGGGAGAAACAAAUUCCAGUUGAUAGUGUAGAAAUAAAGGAACCCAUUCAUGCUUUUGCGUGGGAACCUGUCGGCAGUAAAUUUGCUAUUAUUCAUGGGGACAUUCCAAGUGUUAACGUUAGUUUUUAUGAAGUACGAUACGGCCAUCAGCCUGCACUUCUAAAAAAACUAGAGAAAAAGGCUUGCAAUCACCUGUUUUGGUCACCUUCCGGACAAUUUAUUGUCCUCGCGGGAUUGACAACCAUGGCAGGAGCUUUGGAAUUUAUCGAUACUAAUGAUUUUAUCAUCAUGAACUCAACCGAUCAUUAUCAAACUUCAGACGUAGAAUGGGAUCCUACCGGACGGUAUGUAGUGACUGCGGUCUCUAGUUGGAAAACUAGCGUUGAUAAUGGAUAUUGGAUAUGGACGUUCCAAGGUCGCAUCUUAAAGAGAGUUAAUCUUAAUCAAUUUAAUCAAUUGCUAUGGCGACCACGACCACCAACGUUAUUAACAGCGGAACAAAUUAAAGAAAUUAAGAAAAAUUUAAAGAAAUAUUCCGCGCAGUUUGAAAGCAAAGAUCGUAUGCGAUUGACACGUGCAUCAAAGGAACUGAUUGAGAAACGUUGUGCUGCGAUGAAAGCAUUUGAGGAGUACCGUUCAAAACGUAUUCAAGAAUGGAACAAUCAGAAAAAACGACGUUUAGAAUUACGCAGUGCUAUUGAUACCGAUGAAUUAGACUCUGAUUCCAAGAACGUAGAAGAAGAAGUAAUAGAAUUUUUCGUCAAAGAAGAAACAUUUGUCAUUGACGAUAAAUAAAACUUUGUGGACGAAGUUUUCCUGUCUGCCAUUUUUGGAAAUCUCUAGUGCAAAACCGAUCCAGUCAUUUGUGAAAAGUGUUAUCAAAGUAAUUAUCUCACGGGGCCGCAUUAACUGUGGUUCUUAAUAGUGAACUGAAAUGAUUGUUCUAAGUGGUUAUGAACAGUUUCUCUUAUACUAUUUCAGCACUUUAAUUGGAAUUGCUUCCAUUUUUUCGACGUUGCGUAUGAAACGUCGUAACCAUAGUACCAUAAAGUUUUAUCACGUUCCAUACAGGAUAGUAGUAUGUCAAUCAACAAAUAAUGAUUACCAAUAUAAAUAUAUACAACGUACCGUUUUAUUUAAC